CCCUAAAAAUCCCCACCCGGAAGUCCUGAAAUCUCGUCUGUACGGCAGUCGGGGGGAGAGAGAGAGAGACAUGGAGCAGCACGAUGACCAAGAGCACGAGGUGUACGGAGGAGAUAUCCCUGAGGAGGAGGAGGGAGAGAUGGAUGCGGAGGAGUACGAUGAUGGCGCCGCCGCCGGAGAUGAGGAUCAGGAACCGGCCUCCGGAUCCAAGGACUUGGAGGAGAUGAAGAAGCGUCUUAAAGAGAUCGAGGAGGAAGCUGGGGCUUUGCGUGAAAUGCAAGCCAAAGUUGAGAAGGAGAUGGGUUCUGGACAAGAUUCCUCAAGUGGUUCUCCAAGUUUGGCUGAAAAGGAGGAAGUGGAUGCCCGGUCCAUAUACGUUGGCAAUGUGGACUAUGCAUGCACUCCCGAGGAAGUGCAGCAGCAUUUUCAAUCCUGUGGGACGGUGAAUAGGGUUACGAUUCUGACUGAUAAAUUUGGCCAGCCUAAAGGAUUUGCCUAUGUCGAGUUUGUGGAAAUAGAUGCUGUUCAGAAUGCUCUUAUGUUGAAUGAAUCAGAAUUGCACGGUCGUCAGCUUAAGGUAUCAGCAAAGAGAACAAACGUCCCUGGAAUGAAGCAAUAUCGAGGAAGACGUUCGUUUAGACCCAUGCGGGGGUUCAUGGCCGGACCUACUUUUUAUCCUCCAUACGCUUAUGGGAGGGUCCCCAGGUUCAGACGGGCCAUGCGCUACAGACCAUACUGAUUAGCGUGGCUGCUGAGAUCGGCCUCCGUGUUUGGGGAAUCUUUACCGUUGCUUGCUUGUUGGGUUCGGUUAUGGCUUCCCUGAACAGAUGUAGAACUUCACAGAAAGGGAGAGAGAGAGAUAGAGAAUUGGGGUAAAAGAUAAUUUGCAACACAAGCAAUAUUUCCAUUCUGUACACCAAUAUUUGAUAAUGUCGAAGAACGAGUUCUUGUCUUCGACCUCAAGAUUUCAUUGUUGUGACUUGAAAAAAAAAAAUGGAGAUACCCUGUGCCCGUUAGGCUGAAAAGUUAUGUUGCUGCAGUUUAA